GCGCGGCUCUGUGCUGCGACAGAUUUCAUUCUGAGCAGGUCCUGGGGGAAGAGAAGGAAACCUGGAAGGGGAGAGGGGUGAACCAGCUGGAAAGCACCUCAGGAAGGAUGUGACUUAGUGCAGCUGCCGCCUUCUGACUGAGCUGCUGCCGGAGAGCAGCCGAGGGAGGAGGAGGAGGAGGAGGAGGAGGAGGAGGAGAUCAGGCUGGUGGGUCAGGUUUCCAUGCCCUGCACGUGGGGGUGCUGCGAGCUGUGCCUGCUCCAGCCACCGAGCGAGCUGGGAGCAUGGGGCAGGUGGCUUGGAAGGCUUUAUUUCUGUCUCUUUUCGAUUAUAAAACGGAGAAAUACGUCAUUGCAAAGAAUAAGAAGGUCGGGGUCCUCUACCGAGUGGUGCAGCUCUCCAUCCUGGCUUACCUGGUGGGGUGGGUGUUUGUGGUCAAGAAAGGCUACCAGGACACAGACACGUCCCUGCAGAGCUCUGUCAUCACCAAGCUGAAAGGGGUGGCCUUCACCAACACCUCGGAGCUGGGGGAGAGGAUUUGGGAUGUUGCAGACUAUGUCAUCCCUCCCCAGGGUGAAAGCGUCUUCUUUGUCAUGACAAAUCUGAUUGUGACCCCAAACCAGAGACAAGCCGUGUGUCCUGAGGUAGGAAGAACUGAGCCCCUUGACCCCCAGACCCCUGCAAAACCGGGGAUAAGAACUGACAGAGGACACUUCUGGAGCAACAAAGAAAGGAAGGAUGAAAGACAAAGUGCCAACAUUCCUGAUGCCCUGUGUGACAAGGACACGGACUGCCUGGAAGGGGAAGCAGUGGUGGCUGGCAAUGGGGUUAAGACUGGCCGUUGUUUGAAAGACAAGGGCAGCACCAGAGGGACUUGUGAGAUACUGGCCUGGUGCCCAGUGGAGAAAAGAUCCAAGCCCAAGAAACCACUGCUGGGCAGUGCAGAAAACUUCACUGUUUACAUCAAGAACUCCAUUCGCUUCCCCAAGUUUAAGUUCUCCAAGAUGAAUGUGCUGGCAACUGACAACGAGUCCUACCUGAAGACCUGUCGGUACAGCCAGGAGCAUCCCUACUGCCCCAUCUUCGUGCUGGGGAACAUCGUCCGCUGGGCUGGGGGCAACUUCCAGGAAAUGGCCUCAGAGGGUGGUGUGAUAGGAAUUCAGAUUGAAUGGAACUGUGAUCUUGAUAAAGCCCCUUCUGAAUGUAAUCCUCACUAUUCUUUUAGCCGGCUGGAUAACAAGUCUGCAGAAACCUCCAUCUCUUCUGGGUACAACUUCAGGUUUGCCAAGUAUUACCGGGAUGCUGAGGGGGUCGACUACCGGACGCUCAUUAAAGCGUACGGAAUCCGCUUCGAUGUGAUGGUGAAUGGCAAGGCAGGGAAAUUUAACAUCAUUCCCACCAUUAUCAACAUCAGCUCGGGGCUGGCACUCAUGGGAGCUGGAGCUUUCUUUUGUGACCUGGUGCUACUAUAUUUGAUUAAGAAGAGUAACUUUUAUCGAGGCAAAAAGUAUGAGGAAGUCAAGUCCAGCUCCAGGAAGUCCUUGUCGAGCCCUACGCUGAACGGGAAUCAGAGCCCAGAGCAGCUCGGUGAGCUCUAGGCACAGCAGUGGCUCUGCCAGCUGGACUCCUGCUCCAGGAAAUCCACACUGGUGUGGCACCACACCAGCACUGGGAGGUGGAUGUACCCCAGGUCAGGCCUACUAUGAUCAGGAUUCCCAGAGGACAAAACCUUCUUUAAAGACUGUCUUUCUUCCCAGAGAUUUCUCUGGUAGCCUGAGCUUGCAACGUGUUGUCACUAUGGAUUUAUAAAAGGAUUUUUAUAAAAGGACAAAGAAGGCACAAAAAUGAAUGUUUUUAUAUCCACUGAUAGAUAUAUCUGUACUUAUGCCAGUAGCCAGCAUUGUCCUGUGGCUGUGCUUUGCUUCCAUGUGGAGAAAAGCUGUGAUGGGAGCACUUUGGGAAGGGCUGAAGCUGAAACCCAACCUGUUUCCUGCUCUGCUGCCCUGGCAGCCACUGCCUCCAGCUCCUGCCUGGGUGAUGUGACAUCCGUUGUGAAGCAGCAGGACUGCUCUGCUCAGGAAGUGCAGGGAAAUGUGGCAUUGGAGCAGCUCUUGGGGCUGGGAAGGGGCUGUGAUCCUGCAGGGCCUGAGGCAGGGGGGCCCUGGAAGCACCUGCACAGCUUCUGCCUCCUUCCUUCAGUGCCUGGUUUCAUUUGCUCGGGACUGUCCUUGCUGUGUCACUGCCUGAUUCUGUGGUGGCAGAGCUGGAUGGACACUCAGUGCCUCUGUUUCUCACAGCACCCUGGGCUGUGCUGCACACUGAGAAGGGCAGCUGUGCCAGGGACAUGGGCUGGGCCAACCUCCUCCAAAUACACCAACAGCAGGGAAGUUAGAACAUAUCUGCCUGCUACUUCAACACCAGUGACCUCCAGGAAAUACAAGUGCUUGUCUCUCAGCAGCAUCACUCUCCUUGCAGCAUAUUUUGUCCAUUUAUCUCAUGUGGGGAGGUAAAUAAUCUCAGAAAAGGGCUUAAGGAAUAUGAUUGUGUUCUGUACAUGCUGCCCCAUCACCACUGACUGUGAGUUGUCCUGAUAAAGAUUAAAUGUUUUUGUGCAUGCUUUGAAUACCAAAAGUUACAGGGCUCCUUCUGCAGUGUCUGAGGGUGGCAUCAGGGAGCUGCUGCCAUCGAGCGUCUGCACAAAUGGCACCAGCAGCUGCACCCAGCUCUGCUGUAACUUAUUUAAAGUCGUUACUCUGAGGUACAGGUUCAUCCUAAAUUAAAAUUCACCUGUUAGCAGUGGCAAACUCUGAACCCAGCCACUGACAGCAAACCCCACCCAGUCUAGGUCCCCACCUCUACUUCUGUGUAGCGAGCAAAAAAAUGGGGCUAGAAAAUAGAAUUAAACAGUGGAGUUCAUUUAGGAUAAGCUGUAUACCUUUGGUGCUCUGAUCUCAUCCAAAACCUUCUCUCCAUGUCAGAAGUCUCUCUUCAAGGCAAACACAAGUCACCAUGUGGGGAACUGCACAAGAGUUACCACCAGGCUUUUGACUGUUAGGGUUAAUUAAAACUCUGUGUUUCACCAUCUAGAAGUUGUGUAAUUUCUAGAUGGUGAAACACAUGAAGAACCCCCCCAUGUGACAUCAGGGCCUGGCACAACUCCUGGCACCCAAGCAGCUCUUCCUGAUGUGCAGAGCUGACUGUGCUCUGCUGAAACCAUUGUUUUAACUUGCCAAAACAUCCUCCUGUGAGAUGACCAAAGCUAUUUCCUGAAUCCAAGUGUCCAGCCCCCCAGAUCCACUAAAAUGUUUCCUUUCUUUAGACUCUGUAACACAACUCCUACAAGCCCUGCUGUUAAUAAAACAUAACCAGAGUCCUUCUCAGGACUUGUUUCUUGACUUUGACUUUUUUUUUCUCCUUGUGUUUCUUGUUCAGCAAUAAAAUGUGUCACUU